AUGUCCACGACACCACAAGAGCAAAACGAGAAUUCGUACUUGCUGAGAGACAUCACUCGUUCGCCUACACAGAGUGAGAACGCCUUCGGACCAUUUUCAGAUGCUCUAAGAGAUACUACUGAUGAGAGCAACUCACCAAUAGACGGCAUCCAGCAAUAA